CCGCCGCCUCUGCCGCCUCCGCCGCCUCCGCCGCCUCCUCCUCCGCCUCCUCCUCCUCCUCCCGCAGGGCCGCCCUGGCGGAGGCGGGGGCGAGGGUCCUGGCCCUGGCCUGCGUCCACGCCGCCGCCACCCGCCGGCUGCCCUACGACCCCGCGGGCUACGUCACGGCCCUGGGGGACCUCGUGGAGACCCUCGGCAGCGCCGCUCGCACGGCCAGCUUACAGGAACUUGACGUGCCACUAGAGGGCCUGACCCGGGCUCUGGGUGAAAUGGAUCGAUCAUCGUACUGGCUGUCUGAGCUGGCACAGCGUGCAGACUGGCACAGCGAGUCUGAGAACAAACUCAUCAACGACCGCCUGCUUCAGAUGGAGCUGUCCAUGCUGAGCCGCUACUCGUCGCAGUGGGAGUCGCCCUUCCGCCACGCACUCUAUGGCUCCGGCCCCCUCUCGCUCCCCUCCAUCCUCGGCGACAUCCGGCAGCUGGCCGGCGGGGGGGAGGGGGCGAGGGGGGCGAGGGGGAGGGGGGCGAGGGGGGCGAGGGGGGGGUUGAGUUGAGACGCCGGCUGGCCCUGGCCGUCGCCACCCCUGGAGGGCGUCGCCAGCGGCCUGCGAGACGUCUCACUCCUAGACUUGUUUGGUGAUAGCUAGGGGGGAGGGGAGGGGGUGGGGAGAGGAGGGAGGUCUUCACCCCCCCCCCAC